UCAUUUUUUCCGAUUCUUAAAUUGUGGGGUCACUGUAGAAUCAAUGAAUGGUUCUUGAUAAAGCUUGUGAAGCUUCAAAAACACCAAAAUGUCUUGAUAUUUUGACCCCGGGAUGUCCCAAACAAUAUUCGACACUGAGCCUAAUCCUACCUCUUGUAAAUUGAUUUCUUGUAUGCGUUUCGUCUAUAGCUGCUGUUUAUCAACAACUGCAAGUAGAUAAUAAGACACUCAAGCAGUUUAUGUACUCAGACUUUAAAUCCUAAAGUUCGUUGGCAAUCCCCAGCACUUCAAAUUCUCACCUAUAAAAGCUGAAGCAACCAUUAGACUCCUCACAGUUUCAACCUACAAUCAUGGCCCGUAUCGUCCUGCUGUUAGCCGCAACGUUAUUCUCCGCGGUGUUCGCUCAAUCGACCGGAUUCCAUCCACUGCGUCCCUGGUGGAACUUCCGCGCCGGGGUUGGUCGAGUUGUCGGUGGUUACGAAGUCAACGUCACCGACGUACCAUUCCAGGUGUCUUUGCAGAGCAGUUACGGUCACUUCUGCGGUGGAUCGCUAGUAUCGGAACGCUGGGUGCUAACAGCCGGUCACUGUGCCAGCUCUCGCGAUCGUGGUCUUCAAGUGCGCACCGGUUCCAACUUUCAUGCAUCCGGUGGAAAGGUGUACAAAGUGAAAACGGUUCACCAACAUCCACAGUACAAUCCGGUCACCGUUGACUACGAUUUCAGUCUUCUGGAGUUGGAAAAAGCAGUCACUUUCACUGAAGCCUCGCAACCCGUUGAGCUACCGAAAAAGGACGAGCCAGUUCAGGACGGCGCUUGUCUGCAGGUUUCGGGUUGGGGUAACACUCAGAACCCAUCGGAAUCAAGUAACGUGCUCCGAGCUACCAACGUUCCGGCGGUAUCGCAGAAGGAAUGCAAUCGUGCCUACAAAGAGUUCAACUUUGUAACCGAUCGGAUGGUUUGUGCUGGUUACAAAGAAGGCGGUAAGGACGCUUGCCAGGGCGAUUCCGGUGGCCCGUUGGUCCAGGGCAACACAUUGGUCGGUGUUGUUUCUUGGGGAGUUGGCUGUGCUGAACCCGGAUACCCUGGCGUUUAUUCCCGUGUGGCUGCCGUUCGGGACUGGGUUAAGCAAGUCAGCGGAGUAUAAGGGAUAAUGGGACUGCGAUAAUGAUUUAUGGAAAAAAUAGUAUAUCAAAAUAAAAUUUUAUUGAGUGCAUAAAAAUGUUAGCUGUUCAUUA